AGGAUCUCUGCUACGGGCAAUAAUUCAUUCAAUGUCUUAUAAAGCAGGGCAGCACAGAAGAAACUUAGGAGGCUUAAACAGAUCGAGGAACCAAAUGUCUAUUGUUGUGUGUACUUGGCUACUUUAUGGGGGGAAAGCAGGAAAUUAAGAUGGUCUUCUGACUAGAGAACAUUAUGAAAUUCAAAAUUACUUAAAUUUUUUUUUUUGCACAAACAAAAUCAAUGCAGCCAAGAUUAGAAGGGAAGCAGAAAGCUGGGAAAAAAUAUUUACAGUCAGUGUUUCUGAUAAAAAUCUAAUUUCUAAAACAUAUGGAGAAUUGACCCAAAUUUAUAAGAAUAUAAGCCAUUCCCCAAUUGAUAAAGGGUCAAAGGAUAUAAACCGACAAUUUUCAGAUAUAGAAAUUAAAGCCUUUUCUAGUUAGAUGAAAAAAAUGUUUAAUUCAUUUAAUUCAUUCAUACCUCUCAGAUUGGUUAAGAUGACAGGAAAAAAUAAUGAUGAAUAUUGGAAGUGAAGUGCGAAAACUGAGACACUAAUGCAUUGUUGUUGGAGUUGUGAAAUGAACCAACCAUUCUGGAAAGCAAUUUGGAAUUAUGCUUAAAGUGUUAUAAAAAUAUGCAAACCCUUUGAACCAGUAUUUUUACUGAGUCGCAUUCUAAAGAGAUUAUAAAAGAGGGAAAUGGAUCCACAUGUGCAAAAAAUGUUUGUGGCAACCCUGUUUAUAGUAUCAAGGAACUGGAAAUUGAUUGGAUGCCUAUCAGUUGGGGAAUGGCUAAAUAAGUUACGGUGUAUGAAUGCUAUGGAAUAGCAUUGUUCUGUAAGAAACGACCAGCAGGAUGAUUUCAGAAAGGCUUGGGAAGAAAAGAACUCAUAAUGAAUGAAGUAAGCAGAACCAGGAGAACACUAUACACAGUAACAAGAUGAUUUAUGUGAUGACCAACUGUGCUGGAGGUGGCUCUUUUUAACGAUGAGAUGAUUCAAAGGAAUUCCAACAGACUUAGGAUAUGAAAUGCCAUCAGUAUCCAAAGAGAGAACUAAGAAGACUGAAUGUGGAUCAAAGCAUAGUAUUUUACCUUGUUGUUUGCUUUUCUUUUUUCCUCACAUUUUUUCCCUUUUGAUCCUUUUUUUUUUUUUUUUUUUGCAGAGCAUGAUGAAUAUGGAAAUAUAUUUAGAACAAUUGCACACAUUUAACCUAUAUCAUAUUGGUUGCUGUCUUGGGGAGGGGGAGGAAGGAAGAGAGAAAAAUUUGGAGUACAAGGUCUUGUGAAGGUGAAUGCUGAAAACUAUCUUUGCAUGUAUUUGGAAAAAUAAAAUACCAUUAAAACAUACUCAUUUGGAUUUUAAAGAAGGGAAAGGGACCUGUAUGUGCAGGAAUGUUUGUGGCAGCCCCUUUGUAGUGGCCAGAAACUGGAAACAGAGUGAAUGCCCAUCAAUUGGAGAAUGGCUGAAUAAAUUGUGGUAUAUGAAUAUUAUGGAAUAUUAUUGUUCGGUAAGAAAUGACCAGCAGGAUGAAUACAGAGAGGCCUGGAGAGAUUUACAUGAACUGAUGCUGAGUGAAAUGAGCAGGACCAGAAUUUUAUUAUAUACUUCAACAAUACUAUGUGAUGAUCAAUUCUGAUGGACAUGGCCAUCUUCAACACUUAGAUACACCAAUCAGUUCCAAUAGAGCAGUAAUGAAUAGCACCAGCUACACCCAGGGAAAGAACUCUGGAAGAUGACUAUGAACCACUACAUAGAAUUCCCAAUCCCUCUAUUUUUGUCCACCUGCAUUUUUGAUUUCCUUUACAGGUUAAUUGUACACUAUUUCAAAGUCUGAUUCUUUUUCUACAGCAAAAUAACUGUUUGGAUAUGUAUACAUAAAUUGUAUUUAACUUAUACUUUAAUAUAUUUAACAUGUAUUGGUCAACCUGUCAUCUGGGGGAGAAGGUGGGGGGAAGGAGGGGAAAAAUCAGAACAAAAGGUUUUGCAAUUGUCAAUGCUGAAAAAUUACCCAUACAUAUAUCUUUUAUAUAAAAAGCUGUAAUAAAAAAAAUUAAAAUAUUAGAUGACUGAAAAAAAACCAAACCAUACUCAUUUGUUUUUUUAACAUAAGGAUAGGUAUGGAGAAAAGGGGAUAAAACAAAACCAGAUUAGUUUGCUAUGAUUGCAAAGCACCAAAAUAUAUCUCUUUGGAAAAAAAAAAAAAACACAAAAAAAACCAAACCCACAGUCUUCUGCCUAUUGGGGACUCAAAAUCUAAAUACAGCAUCAUAGAAUUUAAAUAUUAAUGGGCCAAUUCCAUUGUUUUAACAGAUGAAACUGAAGCCUACUGGAGUGAUUUGCCUGACGUCAUCAUUAUAAGUAUCAAGAGUUUGUGCCCAGGAUAUGACUGGAAAUCUAGUGCUCUUGCAAUGAUAAUAGCAAAAUGUUUGCCAAAACCACAAUGUUAAACACAAAACAAUACAAGAUACUAUGCUGUAUAUAGUAAGCGAUGGUGAAGAGAAAAUUCAGAAAAAGUUGAGUUAAGAAUGAAGCAGAACAGUCAAAGGAUGACUUCUUGGAAGGGGAAUGAAUGACUUGAUUAUGGCAGAUUCUUGAUCACAAACUCUUAACUUAUUGCUGGAUAGAAAUAGAUGUCAUCUACAAGGCACUGUACAUUUCCCACUAGUCAGAGGUUUGACUUUGAGAUAAAAACCAUGUGGUAAAUGAGCAAAGAAGGUAACAAUUUCCUCUGAGGAGAAGAGUCUGAUGUCCUGGCCAAGCUGCCCCCAGUUCAGGAUUUACUGGGGUUACAAUGAUAGCAACUAAGAAUCACAGCCUUUUCACACCGGAGCCACACUAUAUUCCUGGCUAUGCCGGCUUCUAUCCCCAACUACGAUACCAGGUGGGAUACACGUAUGGCCGGACCACUGCCCAGGUGCUGACGGACCCAACAGUAAAUAAAAGCCCAUGUUCUGUGUUGGCGCCGCUCAGCAAACCCAAGGUCAUUGAGGAUCACGGUCAUGAUAAAACAUCCCAUGCGCAGAUUGAUGCAGACCAGCCCUACAGCUCCCAUUACACAGGCCUCCAGCCCUCUAAGGACUUUGAGACCAAAGGACAUGACGUGCUCCCGGAGCUGGAGCAGCAUGGCUCUCCUGUGCCGGACAUCAAUCGGCACAAGCUUUCCACAGGCACCGCCGGGGAGGCCGUGCCCUAUCCACUGUGUCCACUGGGCAAGAAGGCCAUGGAACCUGAAGUUGGACAUCCAGGUUUACGACUGGCAUAUGGAAAGGAAGGGUGGAGAAGCUCCCCACCCCCUCUCCCCAAAGCUCCUCUCUAUCCCCAGUUGUACCACCCCCCAAAAGAUGUCGAGCCCCUUCCGCCACUCCAGACGGAUGCACUAGAUGUCGGCAGGUUUGAGAAGCUUCCCAAGCUAUACACGCCCAACCUGAUCCAGCACAAAGCCAUCUCGGGCUAUGCUGGGUUCAUACCACGAUUCACUUGGGUGAUGGGAGUAAAUUAUCGAGAUGGCGUCCAGCAGGCCAUGGACGAAUUUGAUAGAAAUCAGUUUUUAAUAAGAAACCCUGUUUACGCCCUUGGAGAGAGACUACCAAAACAACACUGGCCAGACACCAAAGUUUACCACAGACAAGGACUGAUACCGUUCUACACAGGAUUCAUACCAAGUAUCUUUGAGAGAGACUUAUGGUUUAACAUUUGGCAGCAGUACUCGCAAAGCUUAUCGAAAUGAACAGAAGAGACGAAACAAUGCACUACGAAAAAUGCUUUAAUGGUGUUAUCUGUACAGCAUUUUGAUGUCAAAGAACAGGAAAACAGCAAGUGCAGAACGCGAGACAUGAACAUCAGAAAAACAAGUUUGUGAGUGAAUAAAAAGAGUUCAUACAGCUUUCAACAUAA